AUGCAACUCAUUUGUUUACUUUUGAGAAUUCUCAAAAUGUACGCCCCCAUGCUGCUUGGCCUCCUAGUGCUGCUGGUGGCUGUGUUGAUUUCCCUCGUGAUUGCGGUGCUGGCGUGGAAGCGGAGGCAGAUGGCAGAGGGGUUGAGAGAGAUGCAGUUGUGCACAGCGGCGCUGGAGAGAGCUGAGAAGUCCAAGAGUGAGACGGUGGCCAACACGUCUCAUGAGCUGCGCACGCCACUCAUUGGCGUCAUAGGCAUGAUAGAUGAGCUGCUGGAGUCGCGGUUGGAGGAGUGUCAGAAGGCAGACCUGGUUGAUGCGAGGGCGUGUGCAGGCGAGACAGUAGACCUCAUCAACAGGGUGCUGGACCUCGCCAAGCUGCAGGCCGGCCGGCUGCAGCUCGAGACUCUCCCCUGCUGCCUGCGGCGCAUUGUUCAUGAGGCAACUUUAGCCGCUUCAGCCACUUCAGCAGAAGAUGAACCGAUAGCACCAGGAAAGAACCAACAAGCCCACGCCGUGAGCAACGCUGCUGGAGGCCGCGUGGCCUUCCAUGUCUGCUGCAUCCCUCCCCCGCCUUCCCCGCACGCCUCAACCAGCUGCUUGAACCUCCCCUGCGCAUCUGCCCCUGCUGCCCCUUCCCGUGACCCACCACUCCCCCAUACCUCCUCCCACGCCUCCCAUUCCUCCCACUCCUCCCACGUCUCCUCCCACGCCUCCCACUGUUCCCACGCCUCCUCCCAUGCCUCUCACCACCUCCCUCGGGGCUCCCCCGCGUGGCAUCAGUUGUCUGCUUCUGUGCGCCGCUUCCCUCCUGCCACCCACCUUGUGCGGUUCCGUCAGCACCUUGUGGCCACAACCAAAGGCGCAGCCCAGGCGGAGGGAACUUCUGAGACCCCUGUAUCUGUGACCCUCGCCUGCCUCACGCGCCCUCUGCAGCGCCUAGGUGCUUCAGACUCGGGCGGUGGUAUACCACCCGAGGAGAUGCGGUGGGUGCUGGACCCACACGGGGACUCCCACCACGCCGCUUCUUAUGCUCCUGACGCUUCUGUUGCUCCUGCUGGCGGGGAUGACGACGAGGAGGACGCACAAGGCGCAAAGCUUGUCACUCCACCUCGUCCCUCCUUCUCACCUUCCCACUCCUCCUUCUCGCCCGAGCAGGUGGCUGAGAUGCGGGGAGACAUGGCAGUGCUGUCACACACCACCAUUCUGCUGGCGCUGCCCAUGGGGGCAGAGGAGGAUAACGAUAGUGACUGUGACAGCGGGGGGGAUGGAGAGUGGGAUGAGGAGGAGGUGCAGGAACAAGCAACCCCGCACCAGCAACAGCAUGAAUCCGAGAAGCAGCAGGCACCAUUGCAGGAGAAGCAGCAGCGGUCAGCACGAGCCCACUCUCACCUCAAGCCGCGGGCCGGUAUAUUCACCAGGACUGAAGCGCUGGAGGGUGCAGGGAAGGCGGAGGGGGUAUCGCCAGCAGUGGCAGUGGUGGCGGCGGGGGCGGCUGAGGAGGAGGAAAAGUUAGUGGCAGCGGUGGGGGAAAAGUCAGUGGCAGCAGUGGGAAAGGCGGGGCGGCGGGCAGCACGGUCACAUUCUCUCCCAAAACCCCUCUCCCACACGGACGCCAUGGGAGACACGGAUGGGGGGCAGGUUCGAGCAGUGGGGGUAUCAGGGCGGCAAACAACACGGGCGCAAUCUCUCCCCAGGCUGCGCCCGCACACGGAGGGUGCAGCAGGGUGGGAGCAGGGGGGGGGAGUAGAGGAGGCGGAGGUGUUUGUGCGAGCAGUACUGGCGGGGCAGUCGGUGGCGGUGGUGGAUGACAACGCGGUGAACCGCAUGGUGGCAAGGAGAACGCUGCAGGGCUACGGGGCGCACGUGCUGCUGCUGCCCUCCGGGGAGGACGCGCUGCAGGCGCUCUCCUCUGCCGUGCCCUCUGCCCCGCCCUCCUCCCCGCCCAUCCACUUGUUGUUGCUUGACCUCCACAUGCCGCCUGGCAUUGACGGAUUUGAAACAGCUCGUCAGAUCCGGGCUUUGGAGAAAUCAAAGCGCAGCGGCAGCAACACAACACAGCAGAUGCCAGAGGGGGACAAUACUGCUGACGAUGCAGCAGCAGCACCAACACCACCAGUAGCAGCAGCACAUGCAGUUGAUGCAGCCACAGAAGCAAGUGCAGUACAGGAGCGCCUUUGCAUUAUAGCAUUGACAGCUGACCUGGAUGUGGGAGUGAAGCGAGCGUGCUUGGAGGCCGGCAUGGAUGGGGCAGUGAGGAAACCCAUCGUUGCACAGGAACUUCUUUCAGCGCUCAUAACAGAAGGUUUUGGGGCCGGCGCAUUCUAA